GCAGCCUGUAGCCCUAGCGCGUCUUAGGGACCGGCCUGCAGGAGGGGAAAACGGUGGUGGCGUCUCCCUUGCGUUCCCUGGGGCUUUAGGCGCCUGGUGGAGGAUCCUUAGUGCGGAAAGCGCACCGCGACUCUGUUUUGCGACUGUCUGUGUGUGUCAGGAUGAGUGGGUGUGUUAGUGUCUAGCGCGCUCCCCUUAGGUGCACCUUUAGUGUGCGCAGCGCUUUCGGGGAGAGAGCUGAAGUUGGGGGGUACCCUAUUGUAGCCAUCAAGGAAUUUGCAGUGUAGCGGGAGGCAGAAUACCCAGGGUACCGGGGGGACAGGGAGUGUCAUUUCAGUCGACUGGACGUUCAGAAAAGAGUUUAUCAGGAGGAGCCGCCGGAAUGAGUUUUGAGGAGUGAGUGGAGAUGUCACUUGUCAGAGUGAACCGUUAUGGUCCUCGGGGAGGAGGAAGGAAAGUGCUGAAGGUGAAGAAGAAGAAAGCAUCUGUGAAGCAAGAAUGGGAUAAUACUGUGAAUGAUCUAACAGUUCAUCGGGCAACUCCUGAAGAUCUGAUACGUCGUCAUGAAAUACACAAAUCAAAGAACAGAGCAUUAGUACACUGGGAACUCCAAGAAAAAGCUUUGAAGAGAAAAUGGAAGAAGCAGAAACCAGAAAUUUCUAAUCUUGAGAGAAGGAGAUUGUCUAUAAUGAAGGAGAUUCUUUCUGAUCAAUACCAGAUGCAGGAGGUAUUAGAAAAAUCUGAUCAUUUGAUGGCUGAAGCAAAAGAUCUGUUUGUUGAUUUUCCCCGUAGGCGCACAGGGUUUCCAAAUGUAACUAUGGCUCCUGAUUCCUCUCAGGGUCCUAUUGUGGUAAAUCAAGACCCUGACACGCAGGCCGUUCUUAGUGAAUCCAUCAUGGAGCCUCAGGCUCUUAACGAAGUAGAUGAUGAAGGAGAAGGAACUGUUAACAGCCAGUCUGAAGAAAGUGGGAAUGAGUUGGAUAACUCUAUAAACUCUCAAUCAAAAACUAACGUAGAUCGGUUUCUCCACCAACUGAAGGAAGAUAAUUCUGAGUUAAUUAAUAAACUGUGGACUGAUAUUCAGCAGAAAAUAACAACACAGUCCCAAAACCCUCCGGGAACUCCAUCACCUGCCCCUCCAUCAGGAGAACAAAAAGCUGCUCUGAAUGCUACCAGCGCUGUCAAGAGAAUCCAGACCAGGCUUCAAUCUGAAGAAUCUACUGAGACUCUAGACUCAAGCUAUGUUGUGGGACAAGUGCUGAACUCAAGGAAGCAAAAACAGUUGUUAAAGAAAGUGAAAGGAAAACUGGAUUCCAGUGCUCCUUCCAAGCAGAAGAAGAAUGUGUUAACAGCUAGCACAGCCUCCACAGACUUACCAAACAGCAAUAAUUCCAGCCUAGAUGUCCUCAAACACAUGAUCAAUGAAGUGGAACAUGAAAUGGAAGAAUACGAACGGUGGACGGGACGCGAGGUCAAAGGACUGCAGAGUAGUCAGGGGCUUACAGGCUUUACUCUGUCACUGGUGGGUUCCCUCUGUCGCCUGGUUCGGUACCUUAAAGAGAGCGAGGUCCAACUGCGUAAAGAAGUAGAGACGAGGCAGCACCUGGAACAAAUGUUAGGUGAUCAUCGAGAGCUCAUUGAUGCUCUUACAGCUGAAAUUCUUCUCCUUAGAGAAGAAAAUACUGCUACCCAGGCAAGACUUCAGCAGUACAUGGUCACAACAGAUGAGCAACUUAUAUCACUGACACAUGCCAUGAAGAACUGUCCUGUGAUAAAAAGCAACAAAGAGUAUCAGGCAUCCGAAAGGGGAUCCACAAGCAGGAAAAUGAUAGACAAUCUGGAGGGCCCUGUUGUAAAUGCUAAUGUCUCCAUGCCAUUGGCAUUCAGAGGGGAGGAAGCGGCUGAAUUCACACAGGAAGACUUGCCUGUUAAGCUGUCUCAGGUGCCAACUCCCCCGGAUAGUGUGAAUCUGACUAACAGUUUUCCCGCACAUAUAUUUGAGCCGGCUGUGUUGUUGACACCACCCAGGCAGAAGAGCAACUCAGGAUUCUCUCCCUUGCAGGACGUAUUGAGGAGGACUGUUCAAACUCGUCCUGCUCCACGAAUUCCUCCAACUGUGGAAAUAAUUGAGAAUGAACAAAAUUGGGAAAAGACGGCCUACCCUACUGACACAGACAAUCAGAAUUCAAGUGAAGAGAGUCGUCUCUUCACUCAGAGAUGGAGGGUAUCUCACAUGGGGGAAGAUCUGGAGAACAAAGCCCAGGCUCCUUUUGUUAACCUCUCACAGCCCUUCUGUAGCUCCCAUUCAAACACUCAGCAGGCCAGAAUCCUCGAGUUCUCAGAAGAGACCCCAGUACUGGGAGAUGGGCAGCAGCUUAGAACAAAUGAAGCAUUAAUACAAAGAAAAGACGUCAUAGAACGAAUUGCUGAGUUGACCCUGCAGAAUUCAGCUAUCAAGGCACAUCUGAAUAAUAUUAUUGGGCCAGGAGGAGAGCAAGGGGAUGGAGUUCGGGAAUUAAACAAACAAGAGACAAGUCAUGUGAGCAACAUGACGGCAACCUUUCCAGCAACACAACCUCUAACAUCAAGUAGCAUGGAGGAGCGGAUUGCAGAAUUGAAUCGGCAGAGUAUGGAGGCUCGUAGAAAACUCUUGCAGUUAAUAGAGCAGCAGAAACUUAUUGGUCUGAAUCUUUCCUCUCCACCAGUAUCACCCAUUCCAUCAACUCUCGGAGCAUGGACUGAAGGAGGAAAGAGGACAAUUGAAGUAUCUAUUCCAGGAGCUGAAGCCCCAGAAAGCUCAAAAUGCAGUACUGUCUCUCCUACCAGUGGGAUAAAUCCCAGAAGAUCUUCAGGGGCUACUAGUAAUUCUUGUUCUCCAUUAAAUGCCACCUCAGGAAGUGGGCGAUUCACACCUGUUAAUCCAAGAACAAAGACGGAAAAACAGAAUGAAGAAGGCUGGUUUGCUCUUUCUACCCACGUGUCAUAAGUGAAGUUCGUUGUAUAGAAUUUGUUUUCAGCAGUAUAUUCUUGAACUCCCACUCCCUUUCUUUCCCUGUUUCUGCAUUCAGCUUUUCUUGUCCUUUUAGGUAAAACCUACAAAGAUCUUGUAACUUAGUACUUACGGAACAAAGAAUAAAGCAAUUAUUUAAAUCUUGGAUCUUUUCAAAUAGAUUUCCAACAACUAACUAAUGUACAACCUUCUGUGAAUUAAAUUUUGAUUAUAGGGAAAUUGAAGUUUUAUAUUCUCAUAAUUUCAUAAGUAUUAUAAGGUUUUGCUGAGUAAUGCAUUUUGCCUUAUCAUCUUUAUUCAGGUUUUCUUUUUUUGUCUAGUAUAUACAUCUUAAGUGAUGUAUUUCUUUUAUUUUUUCCUAAAGAGCUAAGUUACUUUGUAUAUAACUUAUAAUAAAAUGGCUCUGGGUGAUUAAAGUCUGGCUUUCAGAAAAAUUAAGCCCUCCCUUUGAUUUCUUUUUGGGUACGAAGUUACUGUUGUCCAUGCCUUUUUCUGUCAAGUGGAAUGUACAGCUUUAAAAAGUAGGUGUGGGGCAUUUAUUCACAUUUGUUUAUGCAGCUAAGAGUGGAUGUAUAUAUUAUAAAAUUCUUGGAUAGGCUUUGAAUGUGAAAAUGUCAUCAAUAAUUGUAAUGUACAUCAAAUAAAUAAUGAUCAUAGA